CCACCCAAAAUACAGUUUAUCAAGGACUUUUAUACGUUUGCUCGAAGACUGCAUUCAAUGUGAAAACUGUUGCGACAGAAGGAAGCUAGCUGUGCGGCACGUAAACAGCGGAAGGUCGUUUUUCAUCAAGCUAGGAAAGCUAGCUGGUUCAGAGAACAGAGAUGGCGGUGUGUGCACUGACCAUGCUGGAGGGGGUGGAGGAGGAGGUGGUGGCCACGGGCGGCGCUCUGCUCCUCGCCCUGGCCCUCAUCUUAGCCUGGCUUUCGACUCACGUCACAGAUCGGGGAGACCACAUCCUGGGCACUAUCCUCACCGUGGGCGCUCAUGCCUCACUAAUAGGACUGGGAGCCCACGAUAACUACAGCGGGGGGCCCAACGGCGCCGACGCCCCCGAACAGCAGGCCGCCCAACCUGCACAGGAGAACAAGCCGGACGACGGGGAGCCUGCGAACGAGAGGGGAGAGGGUGAUGCGGAGGCAGCCGAGGACGUCUGGACGGACCUGCGGCUGGACAUACGGAGCAAACAGCCUCAGGCCGGAGCGCUGCACUCCUCUGACGGAGAGGAGGACGAAGCUGACGAGAAUGACGAUGAGGAAGAGGAGUUAAAAGGGGUAGACAGACAUCCGGUGAAGGCCCUUCUGAGUCUGAGAACCACCGUCCCGUGUGCUUCCACCACCACUUCCAUCUCCGUCCGACUCAAAUUUUUAAACGACACAGAGGAGGUUGCCGUUGUAGAACCAGAAGAUACAGUGGGAAUACUGAAAAGCAAAUGUUUUUCAGGACGGGAGCAUCAGGUGAAACUAAUCUACCGAGGCCAGUUGCUGCAGGAUCCCAAGAAGACACUGUUCUCCUUAAACAUCACCGACAACAGCGUGAUCCACUGCCACAUCUCCCAGGCCGUGCAAGGACCGAACCCGGAGGAAGGGUCCCAGCCUGGGGCCGGGGCCGGCCCCGUGGCGUCUGGAGGAUUCAGGUCGGCCAGCGUGGCCAUCAGCACCAGCAGCCUGGUGGUGCCCGUAUUCGUGGUGAUCCUGGCUGUGGUCUGGUACUUCCGCAUCAACUACAGGCAGUUCUUCACAGCCCCGGCGACCAUCUCCCUGGUGGGAGUCACUGUGUUUUUUAGCUUUCUGAUAUUCGGAAUGCACAGCCGCUGAGAAGACACGACGUGGCUCGAGGCUGCAGCACAUUACGAAGUGCGGAAACAAGAAAUAACUGCAGCAAAGAGAUGGACUAAAUAAAAAACAGAGGCUCGAGUACAAAAACAAGGCUGCAGCUGCUUAAAUGUGUGUGUGUGUUUGGCAGGGGGCAAAGUGAGCCUGUUUGAGCACAUACCAAGAAAAAUAAAAAGUACGGUCUAAGCGCAGAGGAUUUAACUGGAGCAUUAUUUAGCAACACUCUGGCUUCAUCUCGUCUUUUGUUGGUAGGUUUAUCAAUCUCUCGUGUGUUACUCUUCAUUUUGGAAAAACAAAUUAUGCUUCAAGAAAAAAAAGGAACAUCUAAAAACACUAUUGCCCUUUACUAGUUUGACUCCUAUGUUAUAAUAUUAGAAUAAAAGCUUUCUGUGGGUGAAAACAAACUGUCCAGCCGUCUCCGAUUGAGGCGAAGACAUUUCUUUUUGCUGCUUUGCAUCGGUACCUUAAACAUCUGCUAGACAUGACAUGAGAGAGACUGUAAAUAUGUUGUAUUUUCUGUAAAUAAAAUAGAGUACAUCUGAUGAAACUACAUCUGGCACUUAACAGACUUGCAGUGGGAUAUUCUUCCUGAUCAAUACUGGACUUGUCUUGUUUCAGCUGUAUCUAGAAUUAAAGAAUUUCCAGCCAA